AUGACUGUUACUUUACCAUUAGUUAAUGGUACUUCUUAUAGUACUAUAAACGCCUAUUCUAAGGAUUUAUUACAUGAGACAGUUAAAUUUUACGAAAACGUCUUAGGUUUGUCUUCCCGUGAAAUCUCAGAAACCUCCUACAUCUUAUCAAAUGGUGCCGUCACCAUUAAGGUCGUUUUAUCUGAAGACAGCACCAAAGCUCAAGAACAUUCAAAAAGGGUCGAAUUCUUCUCAAAAAAUCAAUCCUCCAUUGACUGGAGAACUGCUGCUUCUUCUGCUACUGUUUUUAACUCUGCUGAUAUCUGCAGUGUUAGACAAAAAUUAGCUGCCAGUAACUCUCCAACUCAAAGUUUCCCAAGUGAAUUGAACCCAUUAUUAUUAUAUUCCAUCGAUCCAUUAGGUAACUUAUUUGGUGUUACUGCCACUAAGAAUGCUAUCAGUACAAAGCCAACCGAAAAAGUCGAGGAAUCUCACAAGAAAAGAGACUUGACUUCCAAAUUAGGUUCUUACACUGAUUUAUCCUCCCAAUUAGCUACUUCUGUUGACUACCCAUCCUUGCCAACAAAGCUUAACCCAAAUAAAGCUGAAAAAGCCAUUGCUGUUAUGACCUCUGGUGGUGAUGCGCAAGGUAUGAACUCUUGUGUCAGAGCUAUUGUUCGUUCCACGAUAUUUAAGGGCUGUCGUGCUUUUUGUCAUGGAAGGUUACGAAGGUUUAGUCAGGGUGGUCCAGAAUACAUAAAGGAAGUUACCUGGGAAGAUGUUAGAGGCUGGAGUGCUGAAGGUGGUACCAAUAUCGGUACUGCCAGAUGUCUAGAAUUCAGACAACGUGAAGGUAGAUUAUUAGGUGCUCAACAUUUAAUUGAAGCCGGUGUCGACGCUCUAAUCGUCUGUGGUGGUGAUGGUUCCUUAACCGGUGCCGAUUUGUUCAGAUCUGAAUGGCCAUCUUUGAUUGAUGAAUUAUUAAAGACCAAGAAGAUUUCUUCCGAACAAUUUAACAGAUACCAACAUUUGAACAUUUGUGGUACCGUCGGUUCCAUCGAUAACGAUAUGUCUACUACUGAUGCUACUAUUGGUGCUUACUCUGCCUUGGACAGAAUCUGUACCGCUGUCGAUUACGUCGAAGCUACAGCUAACUCACAUUCCAGAGCUUUCGUUGUCGAAGUUAUGGGUAGAAACUGUGGUUGGUUAGCUUUGUUAGCCGGUAUUGCUACAUCUGCUGACUACAUUUUUAUUCCAGAACAACCAGCCGUCGCUGGUCAAUGGCAAGAAGAAAUGUGCAACAUUGUUUCUAAGCACAGAGCUCACGGAAAGAGAACUUCCAUUAUUGUUGUUGCAGAAGGUGCUAUUGACUGUGACUUAAACCCAAUUUCCGCCAAGGAUGUACACUCUGUAUUAUGUGAAUUAGGUUUAGAUACCAGAAUUACUACGUUAGGUCACGUUCAAAGAGGUGGUACCGCUGUUGCCUACGAUAGAAUGUUAGCCACUUUACAAGGUGUUGAAGCUGUUAACGCAGUUUUAGACUCUACUCCAGAAACUCCAUCAGCUUUAAUUGCCAUUAACGAAAACCAAAUUACACGUAAACCAUUAGUCGACUCUGUUGCUUUGACCAAAUCUGUUGCUGAUGCUAUUCACGCAAAAGACUUCAAGAAGGCCAUGGCUUUAAGAGAUACCGAAUUUAUUGAGCAUUUCAACAACUACAUGGCUAUAAACGUUGCUGACCAUGCCGAACCAAGAUUACCAGUUGACAAGAGAUUAAAGAUUGCCAUUGUUAGUGUCGGUGCUCCUGCAGGUGGUAUUAACUCUGCUGUCUAUUCCAUGGCUACCUAUUGUAUGGCUCAAGGUCACAAACCAUAUGCUAUCUACAAUGGUUUCAGUGGUUUAGCUAGACAUGAAAGUGUUCGUUCAUUAUCAUGGAAGGAUAUUAUCGGCUGGCAAUCACGUGGUGGUUCCGAAAUCGGUACUAAUAGAGCUACUCCUGAAGAAGCUGACAUUGGUAUGAUUGCUUACUACUUCCAAAAAUACCAAUUCGAUGGUUUAAUUGUUGUUGGUGGUUUCGAAGCUUUCAUUUCCUUGCAUCAAUUAGAAGUUGCUAGAGACAGUUAUGCUGCCUUCAGAAUCCCAAUGGUUUUAAUCCCAGCUACUUUAUCUAAUAACGUUCCAGCCACUGAAUACUCUUUAGGUGCUGAUACUGCAUUAAACUCCUUAAUGCAAUACUGUGAUGUCGUUAAGCAAUCUGCUGCUUCCAUCAGAGGUAGAGCUUUUGUUAUCGAUGUCCAAGGUGGUAACAGUGGUUACUUAGCUACCUGUGCAGCUUUAGCUGUUGGUGCUCAAGCUUCUUACGUUCCAGAAGAAGGUUUAUCUUUACAACAAUUAUCUCAAGAUAUUAAGACAUUAGAUGAAUCGUUUAAGAAGGCUCAAGGUAGAGGUAGAUUCGGUAAGGUUAUCCUAAAGAGUUCAAAUGCUUCCAAGGCUAUGAGUGCAAAACAAAUUGCUGAAAUUAUCACCGCUGAAGCUGAAGGUAGAUUCGAUGCUAAACCAGCUAUCCCAGGUCAUGUUCAACAAGGUGGUUUACCAUCCCCAAUUGACAGAACUAGAGCUACAAGACUUGCUGUCAGAGCUGUUUCUUUCAUUGAAGAACAACAAGAUGUCAUCAAAUCUGCUCGUGCUGCCGAUGAUGAUUUUGUAUACGAAGACAAGGCCGUUUCAGCUACUGCUUCUGUGAUCGGUAUUAGAGGUACCCACGUUGUCUUUACUCCAAUUAGACAUGCAUAUGAUUUUGAAGCAGACAUUGAAAAGAGAAUGCCAAAAGUCAUCCACUGGCAAGCUACCAGAGAAAUUGCUGACUACUUGGUUGGCAGAAAGAGAGUGUAA